AAGCAAUAGUUAUCGAUUGAACAUUGUAACGUGUUAUAAUAUGAUGAUAAUCAGAAGCAACUUCACGAUGGUGUGCUGUUCAAGAAAUGGCGGAUUGUUUUUACACGGGGGAGUUAUAAAAAUUUGAGCGUGAGACAUGUGGGUGUUGUGACGAUUCACGAGCAAGUAGUCAAUUAAACACUUCUGUCGGCAUGAGUGACCGUUUUUGGGAACCUUUAGCCGAAGUGUACAUCGCAAAACAAGCAGAGUCUUCUGACUCUGAUAAUUACAUUUAUUGUCUUUGCAGCAGAGUAUUUAUUCGCCGUAGCAUACUUAUUAUUUCUUGGAAAAUUGAAGUUAGUACUUGCUUAUCGAUCAGUGGUGUGACACAUGACCUAACCUUGACACCCACUCAAAUACGAGCUAGGUCAUAAUAUAUUUUUUGAAAAUUUUAUUCAAUUUUUUCUUUAUUCAACAUCUGUUAACAACAUGAAAUCCAGAAGUUUAUACAGUCCUUGCUCUAGAGGAUGGUAGUGAAGAUGAAGAUGUUGAAGGUGAUUGUGUUGAAGAAAUGUUAGACCUUCAUAAAAGGUCUAUAAUAGAAACACAAUCUAUUGAAAAACAUGAUGAAGAACCAGUGAGCUGUUACUGCAGUGCAUCACACACAGACAACAAUUAUUCCACAGAUGAACAUGACUCUGUUCGUGAUUCGGCUCAUCGUCCUACUGCACAUUCCCUCACGCAAAAAUUGGGUCUGCAUCAAUCAGAUUCAGGUGCAGAUCUAUCUGAAUAUCAUGAUCAACAUGAGGCUAAAAGCAUACAAAACUUAUUGGCAUCAUAUGGAAAGACUUUUCAAACUACAGAGACUGAACUGGAAGAUGAAUUUGAUAAAGUGAAUAUACUUGUACAGCACCAAGAAGAUAAAGACUUAAAAUUUGAAUCUAAAAUAAUAAACAUUCACUCAUCAGAUCAUCUUACAAAUAGUAUCGAAGUUUUAAGUUAUGAUCCAUCCAUUUGUAAUGAAAAUGAAUUUCAUAUAGAAAAUCCAUUAUGUAAUUUAGAAGACAAAGAUUUUGAGAUACAUAAUAUAUUUAAAAAUGUUUCUUUGAAUGAUGGUACAUCACAAUCUUAUAAAGAAGAUGUUACACUUAAAUACAAGUGUGAUCAUAAAUCUCGUGAUUAUCCAUAUUAUUCUAUGUACUCUAAAACUAAGAGUAUAAUGGAUAUUGCAUGGGAAAAAUAUUGGUCUGAAAAUGGUGAACGCAUAAUUUGGACAACUUGGAUUAGAAAAUAUGCAGAUUAUAUAAAUCCAGAAUAUUUACAACAAAAUGUACAUUUAAUAAGUGACGAAAAAUUAGAAAUGAAAGAAGCUAUUGAAAAAUUUUCAGAACAAAAUACAUGUUUUCCUAGUCAAGCACAUAGAAAUUGUGAACUUGAUCGCUCAAAUUUUGAAGGAAUAUUUAGCAAAACUAAUAAUAUUGAUGACAAUGAAAUAAAAGUAAAAGAUACAUAUAGUAUUAAUUUUUCGUUCGAUGAUGUAAGUAAACAAGAAGUAAGUGAUAAAGAUGCAGAAGAUAAUAGAAAAAAAUUAACAAAUUUCGAAACAUCACCAGAAACUGGAGAUGGUUGGAAUCCAUUAAGUCCAUUUAGUAUGGAAGAAAGUUAUAAUCAGCAAUCUAAUGCAGAAGAUGAAAGACUUUUAACAAGAUGUGAUUCUAUUAAUGAGUCAAUAGCAAAGACAAAUGCAACAUCAGAUUCUAUGACAAAUGUUACAAAAAUGACUCUUACUAGUUCUAGUUGUGACUCCAUUUCUACAAAUUCAUCUAGUCUCAUCAGUUCUGUAACAAGUUCCAUUGAAAGCAAUAUAACAAAUACGAGUUCUGAUCAAGAAUAUGCUCCAGAAGAUACUGAUAAAUAUUGGCAACAUUUAUGGAAAGAAAAUUUCCAAAUAGAAUAUCAAAAUCAUUAUAAAUUAUUUAUAGAAAAAUACAAAAGGGAGCAAUCUGAGAUUAUGAGUGAUCAAAAUUAUAAUCAGGAACAUAAUGAUAUAGAUAUGAAAGAACAAGAAAGUGAUGAAAGUAUAGACCAAGACUUUACACAGAAAGAAAUAGAUACUCCUAAUAAAAUUAAUAUUUCUGAAAGUAAAAAUGCAUCUAAUAAAAAUUUUUCUUAUGCUAAAAAAGAAAAAACAAAAAAGAAACGAUUAAUUAUGGAAUCAGUGGGAAUGCUUAUUCAAAAUUUAAUAGUAAAAUCAAUAGAAAAUGAACCUAAUUCAGAUAAAAAUGAAAAAAUUAAUGAAAUGGAAUGUUCACAAGAAGUUGAGCAGGAAAUUAAUCAAACUUUAGUCAUACAGAAUGAAAAUAGCACAAUUAUUUCUAAUGAUAACAGUAGUGUUAAAAAAAAAUAUCCUAAUGGAGGAGAUGGAGAUGAUCCUAAUGAAGAUAAACCUAUAAUAUUAAAACGAAGUCAUGAAGCUGAAUAUGAGGAGACAGGAGAAGGUUUAGAAUCGGUAAAAAAAGCAUUUUCAUUGAUGGGAUAUACUUUCAACGAAAAUUAUGAGCAAUCAAAUUUCCAAGGAGAAGUAGUAUAUAGAAAAAAAAAUAUUAGGUUACAAAAUAGACAAUUAAAAAUGAAAUAUUAUAGAUCCAAGCCAGCAAAUAAGCAUAUAUACUUUGAUGAUAAUGGAGUGGAAAUUACUAACACUAUAGACAAAGUGAAACAUUAUUUAUCAUAUUGUCCUGUUUUGCCAUCAGCAACAACAGAAUCACAACCCUCUGAAAAAGGUUCCUACACAGCACAAUUUACAUCAAGUUCUGAUGAUGAAUGUGAUCGUAGUCUUAAGAAAAAAUUGCAAACAAAACGAUUUGUAUUUAGUAAACCAAGCACAAGUUCAAUAGAUUCAGGAGCAGAUAAAAAACAAUUUAAUGAUGUUCAUGAUACAUUAAACAUAUUUGAUAAUAAGAAUGAUGUUUUUCAAAGUAUCAAAAAUGAUAAUAUAUACUUUGAUCAAGAUGAAACGAGUGAUUCUACAAAAUGUGUAUCAGAAGAUCAUUUUCCUGAACAAGAUAAUGAAAACUUUGAUGCAUUAAAUAUCGAUAUGGAUAUAGAUGAAAAUCAUAGUAACAACGAAAUACAAAAUAUGAAAUUAUCAGAUGAAGAUAGUAUAAAAAAAACCUUAAAGAAAAAACGAAAGAAACAAUCUAAAAGAAAUAUAAGCCUUCCAAUAGAAAUAGAUAAUGAUAAAACUUUAAUAAAAUAUUGGUUAAAAAGAUAUCGUCUAUUUAGCAAAUUUGAUCAAGGCAUUAAAUUGGAUCGUGAAAGUUGGUUUUCCGUAACACCAGAAAAAAUUGCCGAGCAUAUAGCCGAAAGAUGCAAAUGCGAUACCAUAAUUGAUGCAUUUUGCGGUGCAGGAGGAAAUGCUAUACAAUUUGCUUUCACGUGUGAAAGAGUAUUAGCGAUAGAUAUAGAUCCAGUUAAAAUCGAACUCGCUCGAAAUAAUGCUCGAAUUUAUGGUGUUGAUGACAGAAUAGAAUUUAUUGUUGGAGAUUUCUUUACACUCGCAUCAAAGUUAAUCGCAGAUGUUGUAUUUCUAAGUCCACCAUGGGGAGGACCAGGAUAUGCUAAGAAUGAAACUUUUGAUCUCAAUAACAUUAUGCAUCCCAUUGGUGGAGAAAAUUUAUUUAAUAUAGCAAGAAAAAUCACAGAUCAUGUGGCCUACUUUCUACCUAGAAAUGUAGAUACUAUGCAGCUUGCCAUGUUAGCCGGAGUAGGUGGUGGUGUAGAAGUGGAGCAGAACUUUCUGGACAAAAAGUUAAUAGCUUUAACGGCAUAUUAUGGCGAACUGCCCAGGGACUGUUAGUUGUGAUAUGAUGUGUAAUUUACGAGAAGAUCCGUAACAGCUGCUUAAAAAAAGGAACUUCUCACAUUUUAUGGAUAAUUAGCUGUAAAUAAUAACUCGUAUCAAUUUGCUUAGGCUAUUCUGAAAAGCAGUAUUUUUUAUUUCAUUUCACAUUUUUUUUUUACAAAAUGCAUAUAAAACGCCGUUAUAUACUAUAAUUUACUUAGCUAUUUUUUAAACUUUCUAUUGAAUUUUUAAAAAAUAUGUUUACA